AUGGCAACAACAAGUGCAGAUGAAGACUACAUAGACAUGGAAGUAAGCUCUUCUUCCUCUACUUUCUUCUGCUAUUCCAUGAACUCUCCCCCUCCUCAAACCAGAGAAUUUGAGUUCCAAAUGUCUUCUAUUCCCAAUAACAAACCCCUCACAACCUCCCCAGCAGAUGAGCUCUUCUACAAAGGAAAGCUCCUCCCUCUUCACCUCCCUCCAAGGCUCCAAAUGGUCCAAAACCUCCUCCAAACCACCACCACCACCACACCACUGAAUCAAUCCUGCAACAUUUCACCAUCAGAGUCUUGCAGGGUGAGUUGUGAGCUCAACUCAGAUGAGCAUUUCUUUGAAUGGUCCACUGAGUUAAGUGGCUUUCUCUCAGAUCAUCAUCUUCCAAAGAAGUCCUGGUCCAAGAAGCUCAAGCUGAUCAAGCAAUCCUCACUUUCUCAAAAGCUCAAGGCCACAAGGGCUUAUCUGAAAUCUCUCUUUAGCAAGUCUGCUUGCUCAGAUGAGUCCUCUGCCAAGGCGGAAUGUAUGAAACAGUGUAUGAAAGUAGAAAACAAAAGCCCUUUUGGACAAAUUGGAAAAGGAGCUUACCCAACAAUAGCUUCUGUCAUGAAGAGCAUUGACAGAGAAAUGAGUGAUCAGGAGGGUGUGAAUGGCCACAGAAAGUCAUUUUCAGGGGCAAUCAAGCGGCAUUCUGCGAUAAAGUCUUCGUCUUCAUCUUCGUCUUCAUCAUCCGGGGCUUCUUCGCUGUCAUCGUCGUUUUCGAUUAAUUCAAGUGGGUUCUAUGAGUUACAGUUCUUUAAGAGGAGUAUCAGUGCUAAUUCAGAGAUUGAGAGUUCAAUUGAGGGUGCAAUUGCUCACUGUAAACAGUCUCAACAAGAAGUGUUUGGUUCAAGUAAGAUGUCAAGUGAAGUUGGGCUUUGUUCUGUGUCUGCUUCAAGGAUUGCUGUUUCUGAGGAUAAAGAAAGAUGA